AUGUCAGAGCCUCCGGGGACGCACGCCGUCAACGCCUUCUUCCAGUUUUCCUUCUACUUCGCCUCCCUCGCGAUCAUCACUGCAGUCGUCAGCAAGACAUCGCUGCACGUGGUGCCCCAGGGCCAUGUGUGCCUCUAUUUCAGGUUCGGCAUGCUCAUGCCGCGGAUCAGCGAGCCGGGGAUGCGCAUGCGGCUUCCGGUUGUCGACGUAUGCGAGUACAUUAGCUUCAGGAUGCAAGCACUGCCCGUCGGCAACCUCAGCUGUACCACGCGGGGCGGCACGAGCGUGCUGUUCGAUCGAACGGAGGUGCUGUUCCAACUGGAGAAAAGCCGCAUCCAUGAGACCGUGCUCAACUAUGGGACCAAGUACUACCUUACAAUGAUAAAAGACAAACUGCGUCAGGAGAUCGGCGUUUUGUGCAGCAAACUGACGUUGCAGGAGCUGUACAUGGAGAAAACUUUCGAGCUGCCAACCCUGCUUCAGGAUGUCCUCACAUCAUAUUUCGCCGAGAAUGCUCCAGGAAUCGUGCAUCUGGGCGUCCAUAUCAGUGGUCCUAUCAUACCAGAUCGCCUACGACAGCAAUUCGAGGCCUUGGAUGAGGAACGCACGAAGGUGUUGAUCGCCCAAGAAAAAGUCAAGGUGCAGGAGCUGGAGCUGGAGAUGCUCAAAAGGAAGGCUGUGACAGAGGCAGAGAUCGAGGUGGAGAAAGGAGAAAUCGUGACACAGCGAUGGAGGGCACAAGGAGAUGUGACGAGGGAACAGCACGCAUUGGAAAACGAAAUCUUCCUUUCCCAAGAGAAGGCAAAGGCAGAGGCACUUCGCAUUAGGGGGGAGGCAGAAGCCAAGGUGAACAGUAUGAAGCUCACCCCAGAGUAUCUCCAACUCGCAGCACUGCAGGCGCUUGGCAGCAAUUCGAAAUGGUUUCUGGGACACAAUUGGACUUCUGUGUUGCAACAACAAGGGAUAGCCAACGAGCUGUUUGCAGGUGUGAAGCGUCACAGCGAACCACAAGAAUGA